UGGUUGUUGCAGGCAACACCUCAUUUCCCACUUUGUGACCACUUUAAUCACUGUUUGUUCUACUUGUUCCACCAUCAUCAUCAUCCUCUAUAUAAUCACCGAGCUUCCCAUCAUUAAGUUCUUCACCAUAUGGGAGCUAGUAACUUGUAAGUAAGUAAAUUAAUCAAGCAUGAAGGUGCAUCAGUUCGCACGUGGAUUCUGGGAGCACGAACCCUCCCUCACACUUGGGUGCAAACGUUUACGACCCCUUGCUCCCAAACUUUCCUACACCGACACCAAUACUACACCUUUCGACCUCAAGAGCUUCAUCAAACCUGAAAGUGCCUCCAGAAAACUUGGAUCCUCUGAUGAUAACAAAAGAGACCCACCUUCACCUCAUGCGCAUGCCCAGGUGGAAACGCAUAUUUCAGGAGGGACACGGUGGAAUCCGACGCAAGAACAGAUAGGGAUAUUGGAGAUGCUGUACAGAGGAGGGAUGAGAACACCAAAUGCUCAACAAAUAGAGCAGAUCACGGUUCAGCUUAGCAAGUACGGGAAGAUCGAAGGGAAGAACGUGUUCUAUUGGUUCCAAAACCACAAAGCACGCGAGAGACAAAAGCAGAAGCGUAACAACCUAGGCCUUGCUCACAGUCCUCGUACUCCCACCACACUAUGGUCUCCUCCCUUUAGUUGCAGUGUGAUAACUAGUUUGGAUUCCACAAAGCGGGAUGAAGUAGUAGAUGAAAGAGAGGAGGAAGAUAGUCCGUUGAAGAAGUGUAGGAGUUGGGCAUUUGAGUACUCAGAAGACCAAAGUUGGUCAUCGCAGAAAGAGGAGGGACAUAGAACUCUAGAGCUUUUCCCAUUGCACCCGGAAGGCAGAUGAAGGGGUUUGUUAGUUUGACCAUUUAACGAGAAAUUUUUAUCCUUUGUUCUGAAUAUGCAGGCUGUGCUUUGGUUUGCUUUAGUUUUCACUUUCUCCUUUGGUUGUGUUGGGAAAGAAGAAAAGACAAAGCUGUCUUCAACGUGUACUGUUCCCGCUUUGAGACCAAAUUAACCAAACCUGCUUAAUUGUCUCUCUUUGGCUCUUUGCUUGUUGAUUUCAGCGCAGUGGGUGUGAAUAAAUCGAAGCUUUUAGGUUAAAAGGAGGAGCUACGGACACUGAAGUCCACGCACACCUACUACUUCUACAUCUUCUUCUUCUUAAAUCUUAAGCCUACGUUACGAUCCUUUCACGUCUUGAAUUUCAAUUUGAAAAAAGCAUUGGAUUGUCCUCGAUCUAGCCGAAACGUAAAAUAAUAUUCACACCGGAUACUCCACUCACCAUCAUAGAUCCGACUUUCAUAAAGUAGGCACAUCGAGUAUUCAAGGUACAUGCGUCCAUUUAUUUUUUCCAUCAUUGACAUGCAAAUUUCUUUCUAUCACACAGUGCAUGUAGGGCCACCGGGAAAGACAACGUUAGAAUUAAGACUUGAAUUGGGAGGGAAAUUAGGAAGAUCAACAUUUUGAAAUGUUCAUAAAGUAUAAUCGCCAAAAGGAGCCUCUAGCGAAAGUUAAUUAAUUCUAUUUAUCUUUAA